UUUAUCGAUAAGAAGCAAAAGGCGCUCCUCUCUCGCGGACGGUAUAAUAUAUAUUAAAUAAAAUUCAAUAUUACACAGAAAAAUUUUUUGAGGAAAAAUACAGUAAAAAAAUCCAACAAUUUGUCUUGAUAUCACCAAGUCAUGGCGGAAAGUGAAAAUAUAGGUGGUAAUGACCACUUUUUCGAGGGUGUUGAGAAACUCUUGGAGAUUUGGUUCGCUCCAAAUCCAAAAAAUAAAAAUGCGGAUUUGAGAAAAAUUCCAAGACCCUUAUGGGAUGCACUUUUGAAGUCGGUACGUUGUGAGAUCAUUAGUUUCACCCGGAAUGACAACAUUGAUGCCUACGUUCUGAGCGAAAGUAGCAUGUUCGUCUCAAAGAGACGCUGGAUCUUGAAGACAUGCGGAACAACAACACCCCUUCAAUGUUUGCAGCCGUUACUUGAUUUGGCCGUUAAAAUUGGCGGUUAUGCCGAAAUCGAAGAUUUAUUUUACUCGCGCAAAAACUACAAGAAACCCGAGUUGCAAUGUUCGCCGCAUCGUGCAUUCGAUGAGGAAGUUGCAUUUUUGGACCAAUAUUUCGAGGAUGGCCGUGCGUAUUCCUUGGGGUCCGUAAACGGGGAUUGCUGGUAUUUGUAUACAGUAUGCCGCGGGGGAGGAGACUCGUCACUCGUCAUGGAUAACACACAUCCGAAAAAUUCCAACUUGAUUGAGCAAGUGGCCAACAACAAUAGUCCUCCCGAUCCCGAUCAAACUAUCGAGAUUCUCAUGACGGAACUCGAUCCCGAAAUUAUGUCUAUUUUUACAAAGGAUGAAUGCAGCACAGCUAAUGAAGCUACUGAGAGAGCUGGUAUCCAUAAAAUUAUUCCAGGAAUGGUUGUAGAUGAUUUUCUCUUUGAUCCAUGUGGUUACAGUAUGAAUGGCGUCUUGAAAAAUUGUGGAAAAGGAUAUUCUAAUGGUUGUUACAUGACCAUCCAUAUUACUCCAGAGCCGGAGUUUUCGUAUGUUAGCUUCGAGAGCAACAUAUCUUCCGCCAAUUACGGCGAUUUGAUUGCACGUGUCAUCGAGACGUUCCAACCAGGCAAGUUCGUUGUCACCAUUUUUGCGAACAAGACGUCUGAUGCAUUUACUGCUUCGCGCGAACUCGAACAUCACACGUCAAUCAAGCAGUGGAAGCGUGACGAGUUGCAAUUCUGUCGUUUUCCGACAUACGACUUGAUUUACGCGCACUACUACAAAUUCAAGUUCCCCAGCUGAGGUUUAAAGAACGAGACUCUGAUUGCUGAAGGGGUCGUACGAAAUGAUUGCAGCAAACAAACCAAUUUUACCGAUCAACUUACACAAAAAUCCUCCAAAAUUCUUUCCGUUCAGUCAUUUGUGUCACUUUUCUCGAUGAUUUUCCUUUAUUUCAACCAAAUCUUCUUACGCGAUGAUCAAACUACUUCUUCAAACAACAACAACAACAACAACGAUGAAAAUGAUGAUGGCAUUCAAAGAAAGCAGAAGUUCAUUUCUGUACCGCACUUUGGACCUACCAUCCGAAAGUCUCUCAACACGUUCGUGGGCAAACACCGGUUCUCUUUGACGGCUUGCGUUAAAUUGAUCUCGUUCUCAAUCAUUUUAUUCUCAUUGUGGACCGACAAGAUUUCCUGAAACUGAUCCACGCCCAUGCUUCAGAAAAGCAUCGACAUUCAUGAAAUUCAUUGCUGAUGGCGUCCGGAUACGUCGUCAUUGUCUCACUUAUUAUUAUGAUUUACAGUGACAAAAGUUGAUUUUGUUCAAAGUUUAUUAUUAUUAUUAUCGUCAGUGCACUUUCCAACUUUUUGUUUUAGAUAGCAUUUCUCAUUCGUAGGAAUAUGUGAAACUUGUUGUGACAAAAGAUUGAUUUUAAAUUAAAAAAAAAAAUAACAUUAAAAAUGAUGAAAAAGCCAAUAUAAAAUGUGAAAUUAAUUUGGGAAACCGAUAGAAAAACAAAAUGUGAUAGUGAAUCUUCUAUUUCAAAAAGCACACAAAAGAUAUUUUAUAAAAAAUACGUUGUUUCAAUCAUGAAAUCAAUCAUUUCAACCAAUCUUGUACUUAAUUAAACAACAUAUUAAGAGUUGUGUUUAAUAAUAAUAAUAAUAUUGUAUCGAAAAAAAUCAUGCACAAAAUCAUAAUAGAGAGAAAAGGUUCCAAAAGUACAUCAAAAAGUGGUAGAAGUUUGAAUAUAAUAUUAAAAAGUAUAUUAUUAUAAUACUUACAAAAAGUUUAUAUAAUAUUAACAUUUAUUAUAAAUGACAAUUUACCCCGUAAAAUGCAUCUCAUUCCACAAAUUUGAUCAUCAUCCGUAACAUUUAAAUUUAAAAAAUAAAUAAUCUCUUUUUAUCAUCAUCAUAUUGAUAAAAUAAUAUCUUACAUAGUUUUACUUCAUUCAUAUAUAUUACAAAUAAUAUAUAAUAAUAAAUAACAUACAAGACAAA